AAAUACUGCUCGAAGCCAAGGCUAAUGUUAAUGCUCAGGGCGGCCAUUACGGCAACGCAUUACAGGCUGCUUCAUAUAGAGGACACAAAGAGGUUGUACAGAUACUACUCGAAGCCAAGGCUAAUGUCAAUGCUUAGGGCGGCAAUUACGGCAACGCAUUACAGGUUGCUUUAUAUAGAGGACACAAGGGGGUUGUGCAAAUACUACUCGAAGCCAAGGCUGAUGUUAAUGCUCAGGGCGGCCAUCACGGUAACGCAUUACAGGCUGCUUUAUUAGAAGGGCAUAAAGAGGUUGUACAAAUACUACUCGAAGCCAAGGCUAAUGUCAAUGCUCAGGGCGGCCAUUACGGCAACGCAUUACAGGCUACUUCAUUAGAAGGGCACAAAGAGAUUGU